UGUUCCGGUGGGGAGUUUUUUUUCGGGAAAACCUGACAAACAAUAAGGCUUAGUUGCAAUAUACAAUUAGAACCAUGAGAAGACUUCUUUUAAUUUCCAAUUCAACAUUGCAUGGCAGUGGAUAUCUUGACCAUUGCAAAGACACCAUCAAAUAUUUUUUGACAGAUAAAGUGAAGACUGUUCUGUUUGUGCCUUAUGCCCUACAAGACAGAGAUAACUAUGCAUCCACAGCCAGGAAGGCAUAUACCGAAAUGGGAUAUGGACUAGACAGCAUACAUGAGAAACCAAGUGCCAUCGAGGCUGUGCGAAAGGCAGAGGCCAUAUUCAUUGGUGGAGGAAAUACCUUUCGGCUUCUGAAGACUCUGUAUGAUGAGAAAGUUGUAGUCGAAAUACGAAAGCGUGUGCUGGAGGAUGGAAUUCCCUACAUCGGCUCCAGUGCUGGUACCAAUGUUUCUACAGUCAGCAUUAACACAACCAAUGACAUGCCGAUUGUGUACCCACCUUCAUUUGAGGCUCUCGCGCUCGUGCCAUUCAACAUAAACCCUCACUAUCUGGAUCCUAACCCUGACAGCAAACACAUGGGGGAGACAAGAGAACAGAGGAUCAAGCAGUACCAUGAGUAUGCAGAUACCCCUCCAGUCCUGGGUCUAAGAGAGGGCUGUAUUCUGCAUGUCGAGGGUGAUAAAGCCACGUUGAGGGGAAAAACAGAUGCAAGGCUGUUUGUCAGGGGAAAAGAACCAGUGGAGUUUACCCCAGGGGCUGAUAUGUCAUUCCUUUUGAGUGCCACAGAAUAAUCAGGGACGUUAUUUCUGUUGAGUGUCACAAAAUAAUCACUGACAUCAGAUCUCUUAAGUGUCAAAAUAUUAUAAAUCCUUGGCAUCUUUACUAAGUAUCUCAUGGAUAGGAGUAAUAAUGUACUGUUAAGUACCGGAACGUGAGUGUUAUAAAUGUAUCAGUUGACAGCAUGAAUAAACAAUAAUCAAAGAAAUCAAACUAGAAAUAUAAACAUAUUUAUAUAUGUCCAAUAUUUUUUUAUCAGGUGAAGAAUAUAGUAUUAUGUCAGUUUGUAAAAGAAAUAUUAAAUAUGUUUUAAUCCUAUCAAUACAUAUGUCCUUAAUGGGAACAGCAGUAAGAGUUGUUCUUAUCUUAUUAUAUCACACAAAAGUCAUGUUUGUUUAAAGUAUUGUUAGAUAUAUGUCUCUCCCUUUUUCUUUUUCUUUGUAUAAUUAAUUGUAUAUUGCAUGUUCUUUUCUUUUAAAAUAGCUUUGUUUGGAUUAUGGAUGUUCUGUCUCAUACGCUCAUGCUGUCAUUUUAUCAUGAACUGGAAUCUUUGAAAAUAAACUUGCAAACUAGAGAAUGGAUCAUGCACAACAGGAAAAUUUAAAGUGGCAUAAUUAGGGUAUUCUUUGGUAUUUAUGGUAAUUCUUAUUCAUUGUUACUGUCCAUUUUAUGUCUCCUUCAUAAGUGUGCAGACAUGUAGGGAUCAUGUUGUCUGGCAUCAUUGAUGUCCAUGUCAUCAUUGUCAUUGUCUGUGUCAUCAUCAACACCGUGACAUGUCCAUUUCAACUCUCUAACUUUUGUAAUUGUUUUCCAAUCUUGAUUGGUAUACUAUCUUGACUUAAAUGAACAGUCAUAUCACACAUUUCAGUUCAAAGUUAUGGCCCUGGAAUCGUCACAAUUUCUUAUUCAGUCUUUACCAAACUUUGCUACAAUGUUUAUGGGAGUAAUUUCUGCACUGAGUUCAAUCAACAGUCAAUUAAAAUUAAUGAAUUUGGAGUUAUUGCCCUUUAUGUGUGAAAUUUGAAACAAUUUUACUUUGUCCACUCUGUUACUUGAGCAUCUUUUAUCCCGUCUUUCCAAAACUUGUUCACAAUGUUUAUGUGCAUCAAAUUUGACUGACAGCCAAUUAUUGCAAUAUUAACUCUGGAGUGUGGGUUAUUAAUUGUCAAAAUUUUGACUGAUUUCUUAUUUGAGCUUUAGUUGUCCAAUCUCUGCUACAAUGGCUUACAAUGUUAAGGGCAUCAAAUCUGAAACUAAUUUGAUCAACAGCCAGGGCAACACUAUUCACUCCGGAGUUAUGGCCCUUAAAUUGUCAAAAACUGAUCAAAUUUAUCCAUUCAUACUCAAGCAUUUCUUAUACAAUCUUAUUUAAGCAUGUGGUAAUUGGGAUCGUAUAUUAUCAUAAAAAGCAACAAGGAGAUCGCAAAAGUUAUUCCAGAGUUAUGGUCCAUAAAUUUUUCAAAGUUUAACUAGAUUCACUUUGUUAAUUCAAGCCAUACAUGAUUCAGGCCCAUGAUUUGAAGAUAUCCCUUGACCAAUCAAUGGUUGGUUCAUGGAAAUGAUCUAGAAAAGGCGUAUCAACUUUCUUUCAAAUGUUUACUUUUAAUAUACAGCCAUGUUCCAUGCUUUUUUGAAGAUAUGUCAGGAAAAGAUGCAAUACAAUGUAAUUGAUUUGAUGUGAUAUUUUACUAUUUUAAGUCUUUGUAAAUAGGUAUUGAAUCUAUUUGAAAACAUUUGUAUGAACUAUGGCUCAUAGAAUAUAACGGAAAGAUUUGGUUCAACAAUGAACCAAUGAUGAUCCUGACAUAUAAAAUAUGCACAAAAAUCUAGUUAAUUGAAUAUUGGUGAAAAUUUAAACUGAAAAUUUAAUUGAUUUUCCAACCAGGUUAGGGCCUCUGCAUUCAUCUAUGAAUAAAUGAUUAUUUCUA